GGUCCUACGCUAAAAGUUUGCAGUUCCCUUUCCUGAGGAAGUCUGAGGAUGUUGGACAAACUCACUCAAGUAUGGCAUUCCUAUAAGUAUCGAUUUGUUCCAUGGCUUGCCUUCAACCUUAAGGAAAGGACUGUUCGUAGUGUAACUGCAGACAAUAUGGACAAGAUCAUUUCAGAUGACUGUCUUUUAGACCAGCUGACGUCCUUAACAGCUGCUCUCCGAGGAACUCUGUUUCAUGUUGUGGUGGAAACUUCUCCAAAGCAGCGUCAGAGCGCACAUCAGAAAGCUUUGAAGAUAAUGGAAGAAGUCAUGGGAUUCCAUGUGAUCCGUGCUCCAAGCGUUGUUGGAGGUACUGGUGUGAUAGUAGUGGGGCCAAAUGAUAUUCAGGAUUCCAUGAGCACUGUUGUGAAAAAGGGACAAGUUGUUGGGCUAUAUCCAGGAGUUAUCUAUCUUCCAGUACAACCUAUUUUCUUCCAGAGCAUCGGUAAUCCUUUCAUCUUUCGCUGUGCUGAUGGUAUCUUGAUAGAUGGUCAUGAUAAGAGGAUUUCAAAGUCACUUUUCAGGUCCUGUGUUAACCGUGACCGGGUUGGAAGCUUUCCAAUUGCCGACACUUCUUGGCUGACAGAAUAUCCUUUGAAUCCUCUUAACGUCGGCCAAUACGUUAAUAAUCAAAGUAAAGGUUACCCAAGUAAUGUGGCUUACCAAGAGUUGACCAUAGACGGAAGACACAUCCACCUGCAGGAACGAUGCUUUAUCCCCAAACUUGUGGUAUUCUCCCCCAGCCCCCCAAGGAAUCCAGAGUGUGACAUUCCACUACGUGUUGUCGCUUUGAUUGCUACCAGAGAUAUCAAGUGUGGGGAAGAGCUCUUUUCAGAUUAUUUCACUAUAAUUAAGUAG